AUGGCAGCGAACGCAUCUGCGACGGCAGACAUCCGGAAGCUUCAAAACAUUUCUCAGCGCCACAAAUUGGGAAUGGCCACAAACGUGUGCAAAGCGUCAUGCUGGGACUGCAUGCAGUUCGAGACUGAACCGCCGUGUUUUACCGUCUUUUUUCAGAUAUUCUUGCCGUGCCAUGAACAAUUUUCUACAAAAAGAAGUGUCAUGAAACAACAAAACACUCUGCAGAGCAACUCCUGCAGAUUAUUGCUGCAGGGGAAGUUUCUGACGUCGGGGAAAGUGAUGACGACGACGACGACGCUCUUGAAGAAGAAGGUGCCCGCGCAGAGCUUGCCCGUGAUGUGUCUAUUGAUGCAUCGGAUGAUGAAAACGUGCCGCAAAAGGAUCCAGCUGAAUAUGACAGCGUUGCAGAGAACGUAUGUGCCGGAAUCAAUUUUCGCAUGCAUUGCGAAAUCCACGAACCUCUACAGUGUGCACACAUCGCAUGUCAACGUCAACACGACGCCCGACGAGAUGAGGAAACUUUUCGGGAUGCACAUAUUGAUUGGAGUGGUGUCUCUGCCUCGUGUACGACUCUACUGGGACCGUCUGAUGCGAGUACCAAUGAUGAGCGAAACAAUGAGCGAGAAGAGAUUCUUCAAACUAAGGAACAACCUUCAUGCUACAGUUGAUGAACCCAGCGACUGCCAAGACCGACUUUGGAAAGUGCGGCCUCUUUUGGACCAGAUCAGAGCCCGCUGCUUGGAGCUGCAGCUGGAAGAAGAAUGCUCAAUCGACGAGCAAAUGAUACCAUUCAAAGGUAACUUAUCGAUCAAGCAGUACGUGAAAGGGAAGCCGACACCAUGGGGCACCAAGGUAUUUGCACUCUGUGGAAGGAGUGGCAUGUUCUACGAUUUCGUUGUUUACCAGGGAGAAAAUACCAUUCCAAAAAGUCUCAAGAAGGACUAUGGCCUUUGCUCAGGUGUGGUGCUCCAUCUUGCAAAGCGAAUCCCAACCGGCUGCAACUAUCAGCUGUAUUUUGACAAUUACUUCACAUCACUUCCCCUGCUACGUCAACUAAAAAGAGACAAGAUCUUAGCUGCAGGAACUGCAAGAACCAACAGGCUCUGCAAGUGCCCACUUGCACCUGCGCAGAUCACAAAGAAAAAACCCAGAGGAUACUCUGAAGAGUUCGUCACGCAAGACAAUAUUGUUGUCGUCUGUUGGAAAGACAACAACACAGUUACAGUGGCGUCAAACUUCGUUGGUGUGGGGACGACAAGUCAGGUGGAGAGAUGGGACAAGAAGACCCGUGAGCAUGUUUCUGUCACCCAGCCUGAAGUCAUUGCCAAAUAUAACAAGAGCAUGGGUAGUGUUGAUAAGCUGGAUUUCCUUCUCAGCUUGUACCGAACCAAGAUCAGGUAA